AGAUGACUUUUCUUAAUUUUCAGGUUUUCUUGGGAACGAGCUCUUCCCGCAGAAAGAUUAACUGAAAAUGGCGUAGCAGCAAGCGAGCUUUCCAUGGAUUAUUAUCACAGCACCAGCUUCGCUCGAUUCCAGCAGAGCUCAGGUCCGCCGCCGUACCCACGAGCCGCAGACCGGAGCGAUGCGCUCCUCUCGUCGUCGUCAUCGAACCCAUCUCUUCACACCCGCCAUCUCUUCGACCCCAGCUUCGCCUUCUCCGCCCUUCCCCAACCUCAGCGGCACGAUCCCUUGUACGCCGCCGACGCCGGCCCCGGCGCCGUCGCCGCCGCCACCCUGCCCGGUGGCGCGGCCACGUUGAGCUCCUUGAGCUCUUAUCCGGCCCAUCAUGCUGGCGUGAGCCCCAGCUGUGCGGCGUAUCUGGGGAAUCAGCAAUACGGAGUGGACCCAGCUACAUAUGGAGGAGUUCAACUUGCAGUACCUAUAGAUAGGACGGCACAAUUGGCUGCUGUAAAUCUCAACCCUGCCUUCUGGAGUAAUCCCAAAGUUAAGCCUCCCAAAAUUGGUGCAUGGAAGAAGAAAACAAAGCUUGUCCAAUCUACUUACUGUGGAGUUUGCAAUGUCUACUGUAACAGCAAAGGCAUGCUUGAUCAGCACAAAUUGGGAAAGAAGCACAUGAAGAAUCUUGAGAAGCUAAAAGAAGCGACUGACUCAGUUCCCACCUCUUCAGAUAGGUCACGAAAUGCACAAACUGGGCUGCCUGAGAACCCCGAUCAGCACAGCGGGGUUACCGAGCAAAACGUUAAAAAGAAGGCAGCAUCUGAGGCUGUGGAGGACCUGGAGACUAAGAGGAGGAGGGUCGUCCAGGGUGGGGCGGCAGCAAAUGCAGUUAGGACUUGCACCAUAUGUAACGUGGUGUGCAACAGCGCCACGGUAUUUAUGCACCAUCUAACCGGGCAGAAGCAUGCUGCCAUGCUGAAGAAACAGGCAGCCGGAUCAUGAGCGCAUCUCUCCCUUUUCGCUUUUUGUGAUUCCAAGUUACCGAUCCCGUGGUUUAUGUACAGAAAGAUGGUGGGUGAGCCUUCUUUUUGGUAGCUGAGUCAUCUUUGAAUUGACUGACCAGGGGAUUUACGAUUGAACGAUGUGCUUCGGAGGGUCUAGUCAAUCCCGUGACUGGCGAUUGUGUGUGGAAUGUAUAUAUGCACGCUGGAACCCACCGGCUUAGUCUCACUUGGAAGCGCAAUCUUUAUAAUAGUAACGACAAAAUAGGCAUGUCCGGAUCAAGUAUCGUAUCAGAUUAAAUGCAUGACGUUGUUAAAUGUU